UUAUAUACUAGUACAUGUAUACAUAUAAAGUGUAUUGAAUGUUUUCCUCCCGGUUUCAGUGAUAUAAUGGUGUUUAAAAAAUCUUUGAAACUUAGUUCAAAAAAUAACGACAAGGAAAAAAGUGACAAUAUUGUAAAACAUCAGAUCAAACCCGAUGGAGGUUGGGGAUGGAUUGUGACAUGUGCUAUGUGCCUUUGUUUAUGUUUAUCUACAGCAUUAAGAUCUAGCAUGGGGAUAUUAUAUACGCAUAUGAUAGACGAGUUCGGAUUUGAUUUGACCAUGUUAAGUCUUAUUGGCUCAAUUAAUGGUGCUAUAUCUUAUACUGGAGCUUUCUUCACAGUAUCCCUCAUAGACAGAUUUGGUAUCAGACGAGUCCUCUGUGUUGGUGGAUUGAUACAGUUUACUGGAUGUUUAAUUGCAGCUUUUGCUUCCUCUUUUGUCCUAUUACUUAUAUCUAUAUCCAUUAUAUCGGGACUGGGAAAUGCAUUAACAUAUGUUACUGGCGUAGUAGCUAUUGAUGCUUACUUUGACAAAAAGAAAACUAUAGCUGUUUCACUUGCCACCACUGGUAUUUCCCUGAGUCGAAUUAUAUUCCCAUCAACGAUUGAGUUCCUACUUUCAAAAUAUGGAUUCAGCGAUGCAAUGAUGAUAUUUUCCGCUAUUCUGUUAAACCUUGUUGUAUGCGGAGCAGUCGUUUUCCCUCAAAGAUUCGUCAGUCUAAAAGAUGUUACAUCAAAAACAGAGAAGCUACAAAAGGACAUGGCGUUCUGUAAAAGCCCGGGUUUUAUAUUAUAUGUACUUGCAAGUUUUUUAUAUUGCCUUGGUGUUUUACUACCUGUAGGUUUCAUACCUGAAACAGCUUCUUCUAGAGGAGUUAGUGUAGCAAGUGUGUCAUUUACCUUUAUUGGAAGUGGCAUUAUGGACAUAUUAGGACGUAUAAUCUUUGGAAUUAUAUCACAUAGGUAUUCAUUCUAUGUAUGUAAAAUAUGGAGCGCAUGUCUGGCAGGAUUUGGUCUGUCAAUGCUGAUUGUUCCAUUUUCCAACCAAUUAUAUCAGUUUGUUCUAUUCAACUUAUUAAAUGGUUUGCUGAAUGGUGGUGUGAAUCUAGGAUAUGCCUUGGCAAUUAAAAACAUAACAGAACCACAGUAUUAUAGUCGUGGAAUAAGUAUGUCUUUGGUUAUGCAGGGUCUUGGAUUACUUGCAGGAAAUCCAUUAGCAGCGUAUCUACAAGAAGUAACUGGUAAUGGGAAUACACCUUAUUACUUCGGCACCAUUAUUUUCAUCAUGACAGCUUUAGUUUUAUUACCGUUUUCCGGGUCUAUACAACGUGAAGAGAAAACAAUUGAGAUCAAAGUAUCAAAACACCAGAUUAGUCAAAAUUACAAUAAAACUUAAAAGCAGUAAUUGUUCAUGUUAUUCCAUAUUCAAUACCAUUUAUUGAACUAUAUAUUUAUAUAUAUAUAUACAAAUGCUAUAACCAAAUAUUAUGAUGCAAUUUCAAUGACAGAUUUUUCUUUUUAUAUAUAAUAAUGAAACUGAUCUUUUAUUUCUGCAUAUCAAAAUAUACGACAGUAAUGUCAAUGAACCAUCA